UGGUGGUUGACAGAUCGUAUUCGUAGAAUGAGAAUUAGAAUAUAAUUGAUAUCUAUUGUGUUUAAAUUUGUUUAUUGAAAACAUUGCCUAAGAGGUUGGGCAACCAUACUUAUGUUCCACUGGUGCCCUUAAAUUAUAUAUAUUAAAUGGUUAGCAGAAUUGAUAAUCUUCUAUGAACUCAAAAAGUGAAACUGACGAAGCUUCAAGGGGGAGCGAAGCAUCAUCGUCAAAUAAUCAACCAACCCCGAGUAAUCCAAAGGAUCACUCAGUUCCAGUUUUAUGUGCAGAUACAAGCACAGGAAAAUCUAAAGACGUCAUGAAACGUGCCGCCGCAAAGCAAUUGAUUGAACGAUAUUUUUACCAGCUGUUAGAUGGCUGUGGCAACCCUAAUUGUGACAAUCGAUUUUGUGCAUCUAGUGGAGAGGCAAGAAAUCUUACUCCAAAUGAAGCGGCAGCAGAGGCAAUCAAGUUAUUUUAUACAGAAGCACGCCUGUGUGACACUCUGCCCAACAAGGUUCCCAGGACAGAAGCAGUGAUCAACAGCGUCUGUGCUACCACCCCUUGCGCAACAGGUACAACAAGAAACAUAGUAACUAAAGAUGGGGAUAGAAUUGAUUACCCCUCAUGUAGUACAUCACGCUUCAUGGACAAAUUUAAACCAGACUCUAGUCAGCAAGAGGAUUGCAAAAAUGUUAGACAUAAUAAUGGUGCACCGUUAACUGAAGAACGUAUAUAUGAACUGUGCGAUGAGUGUCUUGAAACAAAAAAGCCACAGGUCCUCACCAGAGCCCUAGGCGAAGCUUUCACUCAGCCUGCAAUAUUAGCCAGAUGUUUUCAAAGGAAAUUGCGUGAAGGUGACAAUGGGAAUGGAGGAGAGAAAAUAGAUAAAAAAUCAAAUGCAAUGUGCUCGUCGAGUGACCCAGAUAAAGAUGUGGACAGUGUAGCAGGGCCCGGGCUAGAUGUAGCUUCGUGUCGGAGAGCCUUCCAGUAUCUUGCUAAUGUGCCAUCGGAUUACUACAGCUCAGCGCUAGUGACUGCACUCACGAAUCUCGCAGAAAACUUGAUGGUUGAGCUACAAAUGCCGCACAGUAUUAGCAUGGACGAUGCUGUCAACUGCUUCGUCAUCGCCUUUGAAGUUCCUGAUCUUAGCUGCAGCGAAUACUUGGAGACAGCCCUUCCUCUACUUUGCAUUGCCACUGAACAUUUAACUGUCAAAGCGCAAGCGAAACUGGCCAGAGUUUGGGCGCAACAUUGCAAAGACAGUCUGCGUCACAUACUGGAGACCCUUCAACAGCUCAUCACGCUCAGAGUUAUAUCUACAAACUAUGUGAGACACUUUCAAGUGCAAGACGACACUACUGUCACCAUGGCGACUAAAACUAUGAAGAUAGUAUACUACGCGAAUAUGCUAGCCGGAGUGAUGGAGUCAAAUACAAUGCGGGAAGAGCCAGUGGUCAUUGCUAGUCAAUUGGACCCUUUAGGGGACGCCCUAGACCACUUGUACCCGCUCUCAUCCAUGAAAAACUUGAAGCAUACUCCCUACGAGGACCCACUAGCCAUUGAAUUAGAUAUAAACGUAUUAGACGCUAGGAAACCUUUUUUGCCAUUUGAAGAGUUCUAUAACGAGCCCCUUAGUGAUACUAUAGAAAUGGAUAUAGAUUUAGCUAAUUGUAAAACUGAAAUCGAUGAAAUAGGGAACAAGUUCUCUUUCCUCAAAUACCCGUUCAUACUGACGGCCGCGACAAAAUCCCUCGGUCUUUACUACGAGAACCGUAUUCGGAUGUACUCGGAGAGGCGGGUGUCAUUACUACACGCGGUAGUAGGCGCGGCGCCGCCUAUGCCCUUCCUAAGGCUGAAAGUCAGGAGAUCUCACAUCAUCGACGACGCACUAGUUGAGUUAGAGAUGAUAGCAAUGGAACGCGCACUGGAUCUGAAGAAGCAGCUCGUGGUUGAGUUCGAGGGAGAGCAGGGCAUAGACGAGGGUGGAGUGAGCAAGGAGUUUUUCCAACUUGUGGUAGAACAGAUAUUCAACCCCGACUACGGCAUGUUCACACAGAGGCAGGACGAGGUUACAGUCUGGUUUAACCCCACGUCCUUCGAGACAGAGGCUCAGUUCACACUGAUUGGUAUAGUUUUAGGACUCGCGAUCUAUAACAACAUCAUACUGGCGGUCAACUUCCCCAUGGUCGUUUAUAGGAAACUCAUGGGCAAAAAAGGGUCCUUUGAAGACUUGGCGGACUGGAAUUCGACGUUAUACAACGGUUUAAAAGACAUGCUAGAAUACACAGAAAAUGACUUAGAAGAGACAUAUUACCAGACUUUCAGGAUAUGUUACACAGAUGUUUUCGGCAACAACUUAUUUCACGAUCUAAAAGAAAAUGGGGACGACGUAUUUGUCACGCAAGAAAACAAAAGAGAAUUCGUAGAUUUAUAUGCAGAUUUCCUACUAAACAAAUCUGUGGAGACGCAGUUCAAGGCAUUCAGACGCGGCUUCGUGAUGGUCACAGACGAGAGCCAGCUGGGAACCUUAUUCAGGCCAGAGGAAGUUGAAACGCUUGUAUGUGGAAGUAAGAAUUUCGACUUCAACGAACUAGAGAAGUCAACAGAAUACGACGGUGGAUACACAUCGGAAUCACAAACUAUAAAAGAUUUCUGGAGCAUCGUCCACAGUUUAUCUUUGGAGGACAAAAGGAAACUUCUACAGUUCACCACAGGAUCUGAUAGAGUCCCAGUAGGGGGUUUAAGCCAUUUAAAACUAGUUAUAGCCAGAAACGGACCGGAUUGCGCCCGUUUACCAACCGCCCAUACAUGCUUUAACGUGUUACUCCUACCAGAAUAUGAAAAUAAAGAGAAGCUCGAAGACAGACUCAUGAAAGCAAUUAGCUAUUCAAAAGGUUUUGGAAUUAUAUAAAUAUCAUCGCGUUCAGUACUCACGAACAAACAGUUUAAGUUCAGGCCACACCGCAAACUAGGCUAAUUGACUUACUUUCGUAAUUUAAUAGACACCGCGAACUACUGAGCUAAUCUACGCGGGAACUGAACUGGAAACCUCUACCUGACUAUUCUAGCUAAAGCUAAGAUCGCGGUGUGAUUUGUUCUGUAUCUUUCGUUGAUAUAAAAUAUUCUAAAUAAAUAUAGACUUUAAAAUUGUCCGAUCUGUUGAAAGUUAUUGUUGAAUGUACAUUAAAUAGAUUGUAACAAUGUUAAAAGUCAAUUGAUAUAUUAUACAAAACACUCAGCCUAGUAUGUUUUUGUAAAGCGUUGCCGCCACAUAGCGGCCGUAAUGUAGCGUCGAUUAACGUCAAACGAAACGUUGUCUAAAGAAACAAGAUUUAUUUCACUUGUCCCUAAUGUCGCAGGAGGGAAGCGUCGCAAAACGUAGCUAGGUCUGAUAGUUCUAAAUAAAAUUUGGUGUCCCGCCGAUUAGGAGCACCUAUUUAAAAUCAUAGUGAAAGAUAUAAUCAAUGAAAAAGAUGGACACUUAAAAAAAAUAAAAAAUUCCAUCUUUUUCAUUAAAUUAGUCAAAUCAUAGUGAAAGAUAUAAUCAAUGAAAAAGAUGGACACUUAAAAAAAAAAUAAAAAAUUCCAUCUUUUUCAUUAAAUUAGGUCAAAAAUAAGUUAAGUAUAAUAUAAUAAGAAUGAAAUAAAAUAGGUUAAAAAAUCAUGACUGCUUAAAAAUACAACGAAAGUACUUAUAUAAAGCGAAACGGGUACGUAACUAAAAAAUAAUAAAUGAGACAUUCGUGUUGCGUAACAAAAAUUUACACUUUUCCGUCUAAGUUAUUGGGAGUUGGUUGUCUGGGAGAGAUCGCUUUCGCAAUAAGACCGCCUUUGCUCACUAGCUUUUUAAGUUACUCUAUUGUUUUUUUUGUUGUAUUUUGUUUUUGUGUGUGCAAUAAAGAAUUUAAUAAAUCUAA